UGUGAUUCAUACUGUUUUUAAAGUACAUGUGUACAAAAGGUUUGUCUACACAUAGCAUAAAUUACAUUAAACAAACAUCCACCUACAACUUGCCUGCAUUGGGGCAUGCAGGUUAUGUUGACAGAUAUAUUUCAAAAACUGGUCUUCAUUAAAUAUAACUUAGACAAACAAAACAGUCAGGAAAGAAAUAUGGUACAGUAUAAAUUUACAUGCAAUCAUGCCUUUAUAGUUAAAAUAAAAUAUAACUAAAAAAACAAUUUAUUUCACAAUGAUUGCAAUUAAUCAAAAAGACAAAUUAUCUGUUAUGGUAUUAUUAAUGGAACUUGUUGGUUACUGGUAAAUUGGUGGAAUUCAUAGGUAACUGUUGUCAAUUCAAUUCAUCUCUAAACCUAUUACAUUAUCAAUUCGUUUGCCUCAAAAACUUAUGUUGCAUUGCUGUCAAAAAGCUGUCAAAGACUGCAUUAAUUUCAAAACCCAUCUGCUGCACAAUCUCUUGUGUGAGGUGAUUACUUAAUAAUAAAGGUAAUUAAAGUAUUUAACCUCAGGUAAUUGAAAAGUCUGACAUAUCAGAUAAUUGCCGUUGAAUAGUUAACAAAACAAACAGUGACAGCUUAAUUAAUUCAUUAGAGUGAAUCCUUUUCCUCAGAGGCGACACAUCAUCUGCCUGUACUAUGUACAUUUAUACCAAACAUAUACCAGACUUAGACCUCUGUGUAAACUUUAAAUGGUUGAAUAAAGGUAUAGACUGGCAGUCAACCGAUUCUUGGUGUCAGAGUUUAAAAAACUGGUUCUGAAUUUAUAAAUAACUACAGCAGAUCCCGAGUCUCCAGUCACCAUUUUUACAGACAGGACUUUAACACUGUACAGGAUUUUCACUACAGGCACAGUCUGUUCACUAGUUCAGGCCUUCCACAACAAGAGGUGAGGUAUCUAAAGAUGGCAGAUGUAUUAAAAAUCACCAUGCCACAGUAAGGAAUGAAUCACUGAUGUCUAUUGAUAUUCUUAGGAAUGUUUCUCCGGCGAUUGUCGAUGCAGGAUUCAUGAGAAUUCCCCAUUAAUUCAAACCAUAAAGUUACUCAGGAUGGGCACCGCUGUAGCUAAUUUGAGUAUAUAUCUAGAACACGAUAUUGAUGAACAGUAUCAAUAUCAACCUGGAGAAAUUGUUCGGGGUCAUGUAGAUGUGACCUUGACACGACCCCUUACAAUCCGUAACAUUUCGAUCAGUGUGUACGGACAAGGAGUGGUUGCUUGUGAGGAUCGUGACCUGGGGUCACUGCACGCUCAUGAGGAGUACAUCAAUGCCUCUAAACAGAUCAACCAUGGAUCUGACCACUAUAACAAGGGCCAACACAAGUUUCAGUUCGAUUACCUUCUACCAAACAACCUACCAUCGUCUUUUAUAGGAAAAUACGGAAGUGUGACUUAUGUUUUGAAAGCCACUGUUCACGGAGAAAGACCUGGCGAAACUAGUAUUACUAGUGAACCUUUCCUAGUGUUAAGACAUUCCAUACUUCCUGAUCAAAGCAAUAAAACUAUAGGGACAUCAACCAAGAAAAGAAUCUGGGCCAUGUGUAAUUCUGGGAAGCUGAAAUUAAAUGUGGAAUUAAACAAAGUGGGAUUUUUUCCGGGAGAAGACAUGUUCAUUAGUGCAGCCAUUGAAAACAAAUGUCCGUUAACAGUGACAGCGGUUCAGGCAUCUCUAAUGAUGAACAGUGUGUAUCAUGCCAAACAACAAAAAAUUCCAUUCCACCAAAUUGUGAACAAGCGCAGGGACAUGUAUGAAAUAACCAGUGGAGAGGGAAGGCGGUGGCAACAUGUACGAUUAACCAUUCCACCAUACAUUCCAGAGUCGGGACUGGAAAAUUGUGACAUUAUUGGGAUUUCUUAUAAGUUUCAAUUCCGUGUAGAGUUAGUAGGUGGGAAGGAAGUGAAGAUAGAGUUACCGAUUCUGAUCGGGACACAUCACAUGGGUCUGGAUAUUCCUGAAAAUGCCAAACUAGAUAGUGGUAGAUAUAACAAUGAAUGGAGCACCCAGCAUUUCCCGGGGAAUGCUAAAGAACUACAGAAUGGUUUUGAUAGAGAGCCCGCAGCAUGGGAUGUUGGGGUACCAGAACUUCGUCCAGUGGAUUCUACCAUGAUAAACCCUCUAUUCCAAAAACAAAUAUCUAUCCAUGAACGAAAGAAGAAGAUUUCUACUGAGGAAAUGCCAGAAAUCAUGGAAAAUACGAAACUUUGAACUUAACUUCUAACGAGAACCCCCACUCCUUACUUUUUUUGUAGAUAAAUUCUAUGAUUGUAAUGAAUUAUUUUAGCUAUGAAUUUUAGAAAUUGUGAAAAUAUUUUUACAAACACCUUUUUUAAAAAUGCCAAAGCCUAUUAAAACUAUAGUAUUGCAAAAUGUAUUCUCCACUUAAUCAGAUUGAACCGAAAUAAAAUGAAAUAAAAAGUGUUAAUUGAAUGACUGUAACUUUUAGCUUUAUACCUGCUUAUUAAAUUAAAAGCAUUUUAUGACACUAUAAACAAAAUUUGUUAUUCUGUCAAAGCUUUGAUCUUUUAAGUAAAAUAUGCAGUCUGCAGAUAAGACUUUACAGGUAGAUCAUAAAUCAAAUUUCCUUGCAUAAAUUUACUGCAAGUUGAAGUGCAUUCUUCAAGUGGUUGAAAGGUCCCACAAGACAUUGCAAUUCUAUUUGCAUGCAAUAAUGAAUAAUGCCAUUCACCAAGGGAUAUAGCUAGACCUUGAAUACAGACUGGGUCACAUAUUUAUGUCUAGAUAUAAAGCACCAUUUUCCUCCAUUUAAAAAUGCGUCAUUAUAAUUCAUGAUAAAUAUCUUUAUGACUACAAGAAGAGGUUUCUUGACAUAGUGAUUAUAAAGUUCAAGGUAUUAGAAACAAGUUAAGGGUAACUUAAAAACACACAAUGUUCCCUAGCGUAAAAAUUUUCAAAUCCAUUCUCCUACUACAGUUCAAGAGUAGACUUCAUAUUCAUUCUGCUGUGAUUUAAAUAUCAGCAAUGCUUGACUGAAUGUAAAGAAAUUUUACAGAAAGAGGAAGUAUUUAUCAGGGAAUAAUUUUUUUCUUCAAUAUCAUUUUAUGCAAACAAACCCAGAAAAUAGAAAAACCAGGUAAACUAUGCAGCUAAGAAAACAGAAAUUGAGUUCUUCCACAAAGAUUUCUUCUCUAGAACAAAAUAUGAAAAACAAAUCAAAUGGAUAGUCAUGCAAACAGGAAUUUCAAUACAACACAGGGGUU